AUGGAACUGCCGAAAGAAAGCACCGUACAGGAUGAGGAUCCUGUACAUCUGAAGUUGAAGGAGUCUGUUCAUCGAACUGUCCAGAGAUACAUUAAGGUGUGCCCCAAAGCUGGAGAAGCCAAAAUAUUAGCAGAGUUGAGCCCGACAAAGCUAGAUGUAAUCGCAGACAACAUAUUCAAAGGCAUUAUCUUCCCUGACCAUUUGAUGGAACCUGAGCGCCAGGGUAGUCUGGACCAGAUUACGCUGUUUUGUGUGCUAGAGGCAGCGGUAAUCCACCCACCCGCUCGUGACAAUCAAUAA